UCGACCUCCCGUCCAAUAGCACCAUACAGCUAGCUAGCUAACAAUGGCGGCCUCCAAGCCCCUUGCCCUCCUGCUGCUCGUGGCACUGUCCGCGACGGCCAUGUCCGCCGCCGGUCAAGGCUGCGGUGGCCACAAGGUGACGGUGCAGAACCUGUGCGGCCACGACCUGAACCUGGGUAUCGCGGCGGUGGCGGACAGCAAGGUCCUCUUCCCCAACGGCUGGCUGCUCCCCAACGGGAAGCACGAGUCGUUCGACGUGUGCUCGUGGUCGGGGAGCGUGUCGGCGCAAGGCGCCGCCGUGGCCAAGUUCCACCUGGGCCACGACGGCGGGGCGUACUACGAGGUGAGCACCGACCAGGCCAACAUGCCCAUCCGCGUCUCCGUCACCCCGCACGGGAGCCCGCUGCAGGGACACUGCCCCACCGCCGGAUGCAACAGCGGCAACCACUGCUUCGAGCACUCCGUCCCCGGCGGCAACUGCCACGGCGUCACCGAGAUCAAGAUCGUCUACUACAACCCGUAGAUCGAUCGACCCGUCGCCCGCCUAGGUAGCUGCUGCAACUGCUUGUAGUGUUGAAUAAUGUUGCGGCUAGGUCGAUCUCAGCUCUGUUGUCGGUUAAUCUGUUGUGUGUUUCAAGUUUCAACGAGGUAGUAGUAGAUUGUACCGUCGUCAGUCGUGUGUCGUAGUGUCGGAUUUACAGUUUAACAAGCUGUAUUUGCACGGAUGUAGUAUGAGCUUAGCUUAAAUGCAAAUGUUUGGUGUCGUCA